UUCACUCUCUGUCUCUCUCUCAGGUUUUUGCAAUCUCAGCAGCAGCAGCAGCAGCUUCCUCCCUCUCUCUCUCUCUCUCUCUGCAAAUGGCGACGGCGAUCGAUUGCAGAAUCGUACGGACACCUGUCUGAUCUGCUCUCCACCCAAACCUCCCGAUUCAACCACUCCUGUCUUCGAAGGGUGCUGCAGUUUGUUCGCGAUGUCUACACUUUCAUGUUGAUGCCAGUAGAUUUGGAUCCUUAAGUUGAAUCUGGUGCGCUCUUUGGACAUAGUUAGAGUAUUGGUUUUGAAACACUGAAGGGACUGGUGGCGUUGGGUGCAUAGUUUUCCAUCUGACCGUUAACAAAGGAUCCAUGGGUUCCAGAUUCCCAUCCCAUCAGCUCAGCAAUGGCCUCUAUGUUUCAGGGAGGCCUGAGCAGCAAAAGGAGAGGCUUCCUACAAUGAGCUCUACUGCCAUGCCCUAUACGGGUGGAGAUAUCAAGAAAUCUGGGGAACUUGGAAAAAUGUUUGAUAUUCCUGUAGAUGGCUCAAAGUCGAGGAAGUCUGGUCCUAUAGGUAAUGCUCCCUCAAGGACUGGAUCAUUUGGAGGUGCUGCUUCGCAUUCAGGACCGAUCAUGCCUAAUGCUGCAGCCCGGGUUAGCUAUUCCACCUCUGCUUCUUUUUCAUCUGCAGGGAUGCCGGGAUCUGCUUCAAUGGUGACAGGAGGAUCAAAUAGACAAAAGUCCAAUUCUGGUCCCCUUAGACAUGGGGAUUCUGUUAAGAAGUCAUCUGGUCCGCAAUCUGGAGGGGUCACCCCAGUUGUUCGCCAAAAUUCUGGCCCUCUCGCCCCAGUGCUCCCUGCCACGGGUCUCAUUACAUCUGGACCUAUUUCUUCUGGGCCACUUAAUUCUUCCGGUGCCCCUCGGAAAGUAUCUGGUCCACUGGACUCCAUGGGGUCUGCCAAGCUACAUAGCAUUUCUAUCGUUCACAACCAAGCAGUCACUAAUCUGAGCAAGGAGGAUGACUAUUCCUUCAAGAGGAGCUUUCCGAAGCCAAUAUUGUGGUCGGCUAUUCUGCUUUUUGUAAUGGGAUUCAUUGCAGGUGGUUUCAUACUCGGAGCUGUCCACAAUGCCAUUCUUCUUGUUGUUGUUGUGGUUCUAUUUGGGAUUGUGGCUGCAGUUUUCACUUGGAAUACUUGCUGGGGACGGAGAGCUGUCACAGGUUUUAUUGGCCGUUAUCCGGAUGCCGAGCUUAGGACUGCUAAAGAUGGGCAGUAUGUCAAAGUCUCCGGGGUAGUUACAUGUGGAAAUGUGCCCCUUGAGUCAUCCUUUCAAAAGGUCUCUAGAUGUGUGUAUACAUCUACAGGUUUAUAUGAGUAUAGGGGAUGGGAUUCAAAGGCUGCUAAUGCUACACACCGCCGUUUUACCUGGGGUCUCAGAUCUCUAGAGAGGCAUGUUGUCGACUUUUACAUCUCUGAUUUUCAGUCCGGUUUGAGAGCAUUAGUUAAAACUGGCUAUGGUGCAAGGGUGACUCCGUACGUCGACGAGUCUAUUGUUGUCGACAUCAAUCAGAAGAACAGAGAAUUGUCUCCGGAAUUCGUCAGGUGGUUGGGAGAGAGGAACCUUUCAAGUGAUGAUCGUGUGAUGCGCUUGAAAGAAGGGUACAUCAAAGAAGGGAGCACUGUCAGCGUCAUGGGAGUGGUCCAAAGGAAUGAUAAUGUGCUCAUGAUCGUCCCGCCUCCCGAGCCUCUUUCUACAGGGUGCCAAUGGGCAAACUGCAUUCUCCCGGCGAGCCUCGAGGGAAUUGUUCUGAGAUGUGAGGACACUUCAAAGAUUGAUGUCAUACCGGUGUAGGCAGGGCUGGUUUUGUUUAGGUACGCGAUUUGCAGAUUUGUUUCUUGGGUCGAUGAUGACGAUCAUGGUGGGUCGUGGGUCCAGUUCGAAGCUGGUUUGCUUUCAACUUCGUUGUAUAGCUUUGUGCUUUUCUUUUCUUUUUUCUUUUCUUUUUUCUUUUUUUUUUUCCUUUUUUCUUUUUUUUCUUCAUUUUUAAGGCUUGGGAGGCUUUUGUAAUGAGGAUGGAUUGAAUACUAUAGUGGGGGGAAUGUUGAUGUGUUUGAAGAGGAUUGAGAAAUGUUUUGGGAAGUAUUUGAGUAAA